AUGGAACAGCCCAGCGCCCAGACGUUGCCGUGUACCCAGCUUUCAGGAGACGAAGAGAAACAGGACAUCAACCCACAGAGAGCUAGUGUAGGGAAACAGGACAUCAACCCACAGAGAGCUAGUGUAGGGAAACAGGACAUCAACCCACAGAGACCUACUGUAGAGAAACAGGACAUCAACCCACAGAGAGUUACUGUAGGGAAACUGGACAUCAACCCACAGAGACCUACUGUAGAGAAACAGGACAUCAACCCACAGAGACCUACUGUAGGGAAACAGGAUAGCAGCCCUACCCCUGCCCCCACUACCCUUACCCACCCCAGCCCUGCCCGCCCUACCCCUACCCACCCCACCCCAGCCCUACCCCUACCCACCCCAGCCCUGCCCGCCCCUGCCCCUACCCACCCCAGCCCUGCCCGCCCUACCCCUACCCACCCCACCCCAGCCCUACCCCAACCCACCCCAGCCCUACCCCUGCCCUACCAGCCCUGCCCCUACCAGCCCUGCCCCUCCCAGCCCUACCCCUGCCCCUACCAGCCCUGCCCCUACCAGCCCUACCCCUGCCCUACCAGCCCAGCCCCUACCAGCCCUACCCCUGCCCUACCAGCCCAGCCCCUACCGGCCCUACCCCUGCCCUACCAGCCCUGCCCCUACCAGCCCUGCCCCUCCCAGCCCUACCCCUGCCCCUACCAGCCCUGCCCCUACCAGCCCUACCCCUGCCCUACCAGCCCAGCCCCUCCCAGCCCUACCCCUGCCCCUACCAGCCCUGCCCCUACCAGCCCUACCCCUGCCCUAACAGCCCUGCCCCUACCAGCCCUACCCCUGCCCUACCAGCCCUGCCCCUACCAGCCCUAA